AUGCUGGCUGGAAGAAUGUUCCGCAACAUUGUCAUUGUCAAGUCUGAAUCUGAAAGGAUGAGAUCUGGGGAGCCUGGUGGCCCGUCGCGUGCGGGAAUAAACAGCUUCCUCGCGGCCAUUGCGGCGAAUCAAAACAGGCGAAGGAUCUGGGCUCACCCCCCUGCCCCCCUCAUCAGCCCCCUGCCCCCCUCAUCAGCACCCUGCCCCCCUCAUCAGCCCCCUGCCCCCCUCAUCCGCCUCCUGCCCCCCUCAUCAGCCCCCUGCCCCCCUCAUCAGCCCCCUGCCCCCCUCAUCAGCCCCCUGCCCCCCUCAUCAGCCCCCUGCCCCCCUCAUCAGCCCCCUGCCCCCCUCAUCAGCCCCCUGCCCCCCUCAUCCGCCUCCUGCCCCCCUCAUCAGCCCCCUGCCCCCCUCAUCAGCACCACCACCGCCACCACAGCGCCCAAUCCCGCCCGCGCCGCCGCCGCCUCGGACAGACGCAACACUCAGCCGGCUUCAUUCUCUGCUCUAUCUCAUUUGCAUAUUUAA